AUAGAAGGCAUAAAUAUAUGACCAGCCAACCCCCUUCCCCUUCUCCACUGUCACUCACAUCUCACAAGCGGUUUGGCACUGAUCACUCUCACCCACUUCCUUGCUCCUCGCAGAGUUACUCCUCCUCCAGGGCACCAGCUAGGAGCAGGCUGCAGCAGAAUUCUAGUCAGGGAAGGUGAUCAAUCGUGUGGCUGCUUCAGCUUGCUGGCGCAUGCGUAGUUGCAUGCCGCCCAUGGCGUGCGGUGCUGCGGGGGAGUGCACGGGGAGCUUCUCUUCCGUGAGCAGCACAGGAGAGGUUGUGGGAGAGGAGUUCCGGCUGCCAUACCACGGGAAGCCACCGUUCCUGGCCGGAAGCCCGCCGGAGAUCGGUGAAGACGACGGCGAUCUACGGCUCGUGAUUGCGGGAACCUCCGUCGACCCGCUGUCCGCCCCGCCGGCUGCGACCAAGAAGAAGAAGAAGAGAAGCCUUCCUGGGACACCAGACCCGAGUGCGGAGGUGAUCGCGCUGUCGCCGCGGACGCUGAUGGCGACGAACCGGUUCGUGUGCGAGAUCUGCCACAAGGGCUUCCAGCGCGACCAGAACCUGCAGCUGCACCGCCGGGGGCACAACCUGCCGUGGAAGCUCCGGCAGCGCGGCGCCGAGGGCGGGGCGCCGCCGCGGAAGCGCGCCUACGUGUGCCCGGAGCCGGCGUGCGUGCACCACGACCCCCGGCGCGCGCUGGGCGACCUCACCGGCAUCAAGAAGCACUUUUGCCGCAAGCACGGCGAGAAGAAGUGGAAGUGCGACCGCUGCGCCAAGCGCUACGCCGUGCACUCCGACUGGAAGGCCCACGCCAAGGUCUGCGGCACCCGCGAGUACCGCUGCGACUGCGGCACCCUCUUCUCCAGGAGGGACAGCUUCGUGACGCACCGGGCGUUCUGCGACGCGCUGGCGCAGGAGAACAGCAAGCUGGCGCAGCCGGCCAUGAACAUGGCCACGGUGGCCUCGGCGCUCCAGGGCCAGCAGCACGCUCACAGCCACCACCUCAUGCUGCCGUCCACCCACGCCGACGACCUCGACAUGGACGCCGACGAGGCCUCCGCCUUCGAGCAGCCGGACAUCAAGAGCCCGCACCUGAAGAUGUUCUCCGACUACGACGCCGACGCAGCCGCCGCCGACAACCCGCUGGGCUGCAUGCUGUCCAGCCUCGGCGCCACCACCCCGUCGGCCUUCAGCCCGAGCAGCAGGCUCGGCAUGCUGGGCCUGCAGGCAGGGCCGAGCGACGCCGGCGCCAUGGGCGGCGGCUGCUACUCCCCGGGCAACGGCAGCCUGGCGAGCAUGUCGGCCACGGCGCUGCUGCAGAAGGCGGCCCAGAUGGGCGCGACGACGUCGAGCGGCUACGGCGGCGUGAGCUUCACCCCCGGCCACCCGGGCCUCGCGUCCACCAUGGCCGGGCUGGACCGCUUCCCUUGCACCGCGGGCCCGUUCGGGCCGACGAGAGUCUACGACGGGAUGGUCGGGUUCGGCGUCGGCGGGCUGAUGCCUGGCCAGCUCUACAACGACGACGGAGCCAGAGGCGCGGACAACCUGCUGGAGGACGAGCGCCGGCGAGCCGCGGAGGAGGACGACCUGCGCGUGGUGGACUACAUGGGCGUCCAGCACCAGAGAACAAGCUUCGGUAGCGUGGCUACUACUAGUGGUGGUGGCAGACCGUUCGCGGAUCACACGGGCCCGUGGGCCUAGGGCCUUCCGGCUCAGCCUAUAGGGACAGACAGACGUCUCUUUAUAAUUCGAGAUUCCAUACAGACUUGAGCACAAGUGUGUGCUGUGGUGUUAUCUGAUGCAUCUACCAAUACUUUUCUGCUGUCUCCA